AAACUCGAUCGAGCCUGGUGUCGUAUUGCGCUCGCGAAUGCGAGGAUACCAUGCGGAUGGAUCAUGUCUUCCUGGACGGGCGCGGACUUCUCUCCAGUUUCCAGGAGUAAUGUCGGAGAGUCGUCUAGGCUACGUCACUGGCGGGGUCCUCGUGACACAGAUCGGCGAUGGCAGCUGUAACGAUUUCUUCAGCGACACGAACGUCGCUCAUCGAGAUCGAUUCGCUUCUUGUCGUACGGAAAUCUCGAGUUAAGGACAGGGGCGAAGUGAAAGCGCUGGCACGCCACUGCGUGCGUGCGUAUAGCAUCUUCUCCCGUAGCGGGCUACACUUUUUCCACGUGAGGCACAUCGCACGGGGUCGUCGCAUGGGCGGGCGGGCAAACGAGCGAGCCAACGGCUGAUUACGGGCAGUAAUGAAAGCGGCCCGCUUGCACACGGUAGGCAGAUAGACAGGUACGCAAGGUGCGCGCUGUCAUGUAGCCACGCACCGCAGUCGUCUCCGUCGUCGUAUUCGUUCGCAUCUUUCGUCUAGCCAUCCGCAUCUUUUACGGAAGCGAUCGCACGUUGUCAAUGAGACCAGCAACCGCCAACGCCGCUGUUAUUGUUGUUGUUGUUACUCUUCCUCCGACGUAGCCAGUGUGUGCGUGCGUGUGUGCAUGUGUGCGUGUGUGUAUGUGUGUGCGUGUACGUGAGAGAGUGGUGCGAAAGUUUGCGGGAUUUACGAAGAAAGUCGACUGGUCUGCCGGCAGGUCCAGCGUCGGACCGCAACGAAUUCAAAUCCGUGAGUUAUGAGAGCGAUCGCGCCCUUCGUUCUUCAGGUGAUUGCAUUGCAGUUGACGAGAUGUCAAAGCGGUGGGCCGAGCACAUUCGGAUACGAUGCGUCCUCGGCGUGCAGCAAGCCGUAUUCGCGCGCGGGGCGCGCGCUCCAUGAUGAUCUGCCCUGCGACUUUCGCCGGCAAAACUGGUGCACGACCGCCGGUAGCUCUUAUCCUUGGCACGCGGUGCGUCGAUUCGUGCAGGAAAAUCAAGGAUUAAUGAGACGCAUGUACGGUGACGAGAAUUAUAUGAACGUCCUCAAAGCGGAAAUCUUCAAGAAUAAUGUCGAGCAAAAGUACGACGACUACCAUCUUCAUUUCGCUGAUAUGCUAAGGCAAUUCCAAUAUGAGGACGACGAUUAUCAGUUCAUGCAUGACGAGCGGCAGACAUUGCCGAGGGUCAGUAUGGAUGAAUACGAAAGUCGCGGAUUCACCAGUCGCUCUUUCAACGAUCCUAUCGCUAAACGACUGAAUAAGUUCCCGAAGCUCAGCGAGUACACCAGACCGCACUUUAAACCGACCGAGCGAACUACCACCGGCUUCACCGUUUCUAGCACGACGACUGCCUCGACGUCGACCAGCGCCACGACCUUCGGUACACGUGUAUCAUCCUCGACGACGCCUGCCACGUCCACUACCGCGACCAGUACGGAAGAAAUGUUCGAGACUCAAACACUAGUGACAUCAAUAUCCCCAAACGCCACCACCGAAACAGUCGAUGAGGAUCUCGCAGCAAUCAACAGUACGACAACGACAACGACGUUGUCACCGAGCGUCACCGUAGCUCAGAUCGUGAGAGAGCAGAACUUCAGCAUCAACGAGAUAUCCGGGCAAAACGAUCGAAUCGACGAAGACGUGAAAGAGACCGCGGAAGUGGUGGUGCAUUCAGAGGACGACGUCGUAGUCGAAGAUGACACAACUUUGGAGUCAAUAGGCACAACCAACGUAUCUCCAGAACUGUUGUUGAUCGAGGAGGAGGAGCAAGAAGAAGAAAAGGAAGAAGAAGUACUCGGUGCGGCCACAAAGACGACUGUACACGAGACCGUAGCCGCUUCGAGUAACCAGGAGCAAUUCAGACCGCGUCCCGAGUAUCGACCGGGCGUGGCCGAGACGUCGAGUAUGAGCGGGCAGCUCUAUCAGGAUGUCGCGGCGAAGAAUCAGCCACCGAAAGAGCCAACGGUAUUGAAGUUCAGAGGAGUGAACGCAUGUCCUGUCAAGGAGGAGGUAGUCGCGCCGUUCUGGGCCAACAACACUCGCGGCGAAGUUUUGGCUCUCCUGAACCUCUAUCCGUUCGAGCAAUAUGUACAUUGGGAGAAGUGCACAAAUGAAAACAAGCAGAUGUACUGCCGGGACGGCUGCAGGUGCGAACAGCAGUACAGGUUACAUCGGUUGCUGGCUUACGACCCAAACAAUGAAUGCCGCGGCAUCUUCAGCGACUGGUUCAAGUUUCCCAGCUGCUGCCUAUGCCGUUGCUACGAUCUGCCACUCGAGUUUCGGGUGACAUCGCGCUCACCACGCACUCACUCUUCGCACAAACGGCGGAUCAAGGUGCAAGCGCCGCGGGACCGUUACGCGUGAUCGAAUUGUCCUGGCCGGUCGCCAAAAGUGCAGCGUAAGUGAAGGCAAGCCGUUGAGAAUAAAACCGUUCACGCAUUCGACUAGCGUUGUUGAAACCUUAACGAGAGAAUGCGGUGAUCGAUGCAAUGUAUUCUGAAGUAUUUAAACAUUGAAAGUUGAGUUGUAACGAAUGGUAUCGUAUGGAGAAAAAGAAACAAAAACGCGUAGUCGAUAUAUACGCUCUAAUCGAUAUAUUCCGAGAUUUCACGACGUUUGUGUACUAUUUAAUUCAGCUGCGUCGAGCUGUACGCGUCAUCGAGUUUUCCAUCGACUCUCUGUUACACGACACAUUCCAUGCAAUAUAUACCGCUGUAACUAGUGUUACAAACACCACGCAACACAAUUAUUUAUUUUUAUGAAAGAAAUGUAUUUAUACAUACAUACAUAUAUAUAUAUAUAUAUAUAUAUAUAUAUAUAUAUAU